AUGGCAGUAUCGGACUUAGUAAAGCACCUUGCCAGCAUAAGUCCUGCCGCAUAUUGCCAACUCUUCUAUGUCCUCGCGGCCACAGCGGUGUUGGGUAUCGCUGUAGCUCCCGAGUCCAUACGACGUCUCCUAACCCAAUAUGGGGCUCGAUCUUCACCCACGAGCAAAUCUGACGACAAGGAAGGCAGGCAGGCUCGCGAUGGACCUCUUGUUAGCAUUGUUAGCUGGGCCACAUCUGUGGGUAAAGUACCUCAUUCAUGGUUUAUUCACUUCUAUAUUCUUUCCGUGUCUUGCUCUAUAUUCUGGGCUGCUCAAUUCCUUAGCCAUGGAAAUAUACUCGAGUUUAUUGUCAAGAAUCAGGCCCCGAGCGAGAUUUCCUCGAUGUCGAUCAAUCAAGUCAUUAUCGUGUGGGCUUUGAUGAGCUUGCAAGGUGCUAGACGUCUCUACGAAUAUGUGGCUAUCGUUCGCUCUUCGUCUUCUAAGAUGUGGAUUAUCCAUUGGGUGCUGGGUAUUGCUUAUUAUUUCUGCACGAGCAUUUCUAUUUGGAUACAUGGAUCGCGUUCGAUUCAGUCUUCCGACAGAAGAACAUUCAACAUCGAUAUACCAUCAUUCAAUACGGUCUUCGGGGUUAUCACGUUUUGGGCCUCAUGGUUCAUGCAAUACCGAUGCCACCGCUAUCUGUCUCAAUUGAAGAAAUAUUCACUUCCGGUGGACGGCUUAUUCCAGUACCUGGUGUGCCCGCAUUAUACGUGCGAGUGCGUAUUAUAUCUUUCUCUAGCGUUGAUAGCAGCGCCCGUGGGUCAACUGUACAACAGGACAUUGAUAUGUGCUGUGCUAUUUGUCGCAGUCAAUCUUGGUGUUACUGCAAACGGAACCAAGAAAUGGUAUAGUGAGAAAUUCGGCCACGAAAGGGUCCAAGGGAAAUGGAAAAUGAUACCAGGUAUAUUUUGA